AUGGAAAUUUCAACACUUCUUUUAGUCGUUUGCAUUGUGUUUUUGUAUUAUGUGUCAGAAGAGUUUCCAACAGAUCUGCCUUCGAAUAGUAAUCAUAUUAAAUCGGACAUCUACGAUCUAGCGUAUCCCAAGCAUACGUCCGAAGAAUUGGAUGCAAAUCCGGUUUGUUCCCAAGAGCUCAAGCAAAUAAAUGAACGAAUUUCACAUUUGGAGAAGAUAAACUACGAAAAAUUUGGACCUACCGAUUAUGCCGCCCUGAAGUUUGGCGGAGAGGUAAUAUCGGUGGUGUCCAAGUUACAACGAGAUGGUUCUUUUUUGAAAAAAAUCCAAAAAAUAUUCUCAACACUAAACGAAGGCGAUGACUACAAACAAUGCAUCAUUCAAGACUGUGGCACGUGCUAUGCUUUCCCGGGCAAUUCUGGAUACGUUGUACUGAAACUCAUGGGAAAUGUUGUCCUUGACGGAAUCACUAUCGAGCACAUUCCGCUGCACUCAAACCCGAAGAAAAUGAAAUCGUACAGUGCAUUAAAAGAAUUUUCCGUGGUGGGAAUGAAAAAACUUGGAGAUCGCAAUACCGAAACCUAUUUAGGAACGUUUACAUUUAGUUACGAUAAUGAUUUUCUAGAAACUUUUACGUUAACCUCGGACCCACCCAUUCCGGUUCGUUAUGUGCGAGUGGAAAUUCAUUCCAAUCAUGGUGAAAACUAUACCUGUAUUUAUCGCAUACGCAUUCAUGGAACACUGGAGCAGUAA